AGCAUCCAGCCUCAGAUGGGCUCAGCCUGGGGAGGAAAUUGGAUUUAUCCCGUCCGCAAAGGGAGUGCAGCUGGGGCUGAAGGAAGCAAGAAGGGCUCUGCAUCCUGCCUCUCUGCUGCCGGAGGAGCUCAGCGCUGGCGCAAUGAGAACUACGAGAGGCCGGUGGACCUGGAGGGCUCCGGGGACGACGACCCCUUUGGGGAUGACGAACUGGACGAUGUCUACUCGGGCUCUGGCUCAGGCUACUUCGAGCAGGAGUCGGGGCUGGAGACGGCCGUCAGCCUCACCACGGACACAUCCAUCACGCUCCCCACCACGGCAGCCGCGUUGCCCAUCACUGCGGUGCAACCCGUGGCAACUCCUUUUGAAACAUCCCCCACCGAGGACACCGUCCCCGAGCAGACCACCGGUGCCUCGUAUAUCCCCAGGGUGACAGAGGCACCAGUGAUACCCAGCUGGAAGGCCACCACCACCAGUACCACUGCCAGCGAGGCCCCCAGCACGAUCACCACCACCACCACUACAGCUGCCACCACCACCACCACGGCCACCACCACCACCAGCACCACCACCGUGGCCACCGCCAAGCCCACCACCGUCCGGAGGUUCCUGCCCCCCUUUGUCACCAAGGCAGCCACCACACGGGCCACCACCCUGGAGAUGCCCACCACGUCCAUCCUUCAAACCAGCACGCCAACGGAGGUGGCCACGUCACAGCUUGUCCCCUCCAGCACGGCCAAGCCUAGGUCCCUGCCAAAACCAAGCACCUCCAGGACUGCAGACCUCACGGAAAAAAGCACUGCCUUGCCUUCCAGCCCCACCACGCUGCCACCCACAGAAGCCCCCCAGGUGGAGCCAGGGGAGGUGUCGACGGUCCUCGACAGCGACCUGGAAGUCCCAGUCAGCAGUGGCCCCAGCGGGGACUUCGAGAUCCGGGAGGAGGAGGAGACAGCUCGUCCCGAGCUGGGCAACGAGGUGGUGGCCGUGGUGACACCGCCAUCGGCACCGGGGCAGGGCAGGAACGCGGAGCCGGGGCUCAUUGACAACACAAUAGAGUCGGGCAGCUCGGCCGCUCAGCUCCCUCAGAAGAACAUCCUGGAGAGGAAGGAGGUGUUGAUAGCGGUGAUUGUGGGCGGCGUGGUGGGAGCCCUCUUUGCUGCCUUCCUCGUCAUGCUGCUCAUCUACCGGAUGAAGAAAAAGGAUGAAGGCAGCUACACGCUGGAGGAACCCAAGCAAGCCAACGUCACCUACCAGAAGCCGGACAAGCAGGAGGAGUUUUACGCGUAGGACAAGAGCCCGGUGUGCCUCGCGCUCUCCUUCUUGCUCCAAACUCUCCCUUCUCCUCUCCUCCAUCCCGUCUCUCUCUUUCUCUCUCUCUCUUUGGAUCAGACUGUGAGUUUAAAAAGCAAAAAAAAAAAAAAAAAAAAAAGAACCCGCAAAAGGAGAAACCGCAUCUUCGGCAUGAGGGACGCGCCGCUUUGCGGACAGCGGCUGGAGCUCACGGGGCUUUUCCCACCACCACAACGACUCUGGGAUCCGGACACCUUGUACCAGCCCUGGGGCGCAGGGGGGUUGGUUUGGAUUUAUCUUUUUUUUUUCCUGUUGGAAAGGAGGGAGGUUUCUUUCCCUCUCUCUCUCUCUCUCUUUUUUUUUUUUUAUUAUUUUUUAUUAUUUUUUGAGUGGGGCUGGUUGCUUUGCAGGAAUUACCUUGCUCCCCGCUUCUGUUUGACGAGAGGAUGCGACUCUCAGAUACGCUUCAAACCUUGAAAAAAGCACAAGGGGCCGGAAUACCUGCAGCCCCAGGCUUUGCUCUUGGAGUGGGGGAAGACAAAAUGAACACCACCAUGGCCAGUACAGGGGGAGCGAUGGAGCCAGUUUGCCUCUUCGAGCACCAAAAAGCCACCUUUGGGUGCCUCAUGCGGUGCUGCCCCGGCCACCACCACCCUCCUCAGCUGCACCGAGCAUGGCCGGAGACCCGAUGGCUCCAUGGUGUCAGUGGUGGAGGGGUGGCUGGAGAAGGGACCGUGCUUUUGCUGGGUUCUCACUGUGACCAAUAAACCUCGGCUUGCGCAGCCCCACCGGCGGUUCUGGUUUUCAGAUGGCGCGGGACAGCGCUCGGUGGGGGCCUGGCAGGGAGGAGAAGGGGAAGCGGAGCAGCUGUUCAUGCUGGGGUGAUGCCUAACACAGCUCGGCCAGCCGUGAGACGCAGCAGCGAAGAAGAAGACGAGGCAAUAAAUCGCAGGGGGUCUGCACCAGGCGGGGCAGAGCGGUGGCUCAAAGCGGGGCAGCUCGGCUGCUGCUCUGCUUCGGCGAGCCCCAGCGCCGAGCGUUUCUGUUCCUUUUGUUGUUGCCAAACUCCCAGCACCAGCCACAGGGCCAGGGCUCAGCUCAGGGCGCCCGGCAGAAGACGCUGGGAGCCACCGUCACCGAGCAGUGGUUUCCCUUCCGAUGGUCUCCGGGGCGCAGAGCAGCAGGGCCUGAUCCAGACCCCCAGCCGUGCCUUCAAGAAAGGCUGGGGUUUGGAGCAAGCCCUCUGUGCAGAAAAGUCAAUUAGAUAUUUCAAUUAGUUGGCUUUUAAUUAGCUGAAGCACUGUUCGCCAUGCAGUCAAGGCUCUUGGUUUUAAUGAUGGUUGCGAUCUCAGUGGUGUCCCGUGGAGACCUUGGCUUCAUCCUUAGGGCAAUUUAAAUCGGGAAACAACAAAAAAAAUCGGUUACUUUGACUCUGUUGCACCAAGAAUUAAACUGCACAGAUACAGAGAUGCUUGGUCCCCCUCAGGGCAUAUAGGGAUUUAUCACCCUGGUGGAGGCUGCGAGACAGCAGAGCUUCUUGUCAUAUUAGGAAUUUGAUGGGCCAAAUGCAUAUAUUUUAUAUAUAUAUAUAUAUAUAUAUACACACUCACAUACAUACACAGUUAUAUAUAUAUAUGAAAUGAAAUCCCUGUAAAUUUUCAUUGCACUGCAUCUGAUGGCUGGGAGGGACUUUGUGAGUAUGCCGAGCUGAGGUUUGGUGUCGGUGUUCAGUUCCUGAGCUCCAAACACCGACCUGGACUGAUUUCGGGGUAGGGAGCAGAGUCCCUGUGCACAGGCCAGCUUUAAUAAUGCCAAAUUUAGAGAUGUCAGCCUCAAAACAGUCAUCCUUUUGGUUGAGUUUGGGGAAGACUGUCCUGUUGGAUGCCUGGGAUGGUGAUACUGAAAGGCGGAGGGUGGUGUACUUGUGUGUACAUACACCCAGAGGCAUCGUGUGUGCCAGCGUGAGGAAGAGGAUGCUCUGAAAGGGGACCACGUGGCCGAGGAAGGCUGGUGCCUGCUCCAAGGCCGCUUUCUCUGAGCUGCUCGAAGGGGAGAGUUUGAUGUCUGUGUGUGUCUGGUCCCAAAGGGAUCACGUGAAGGGCCCCAGCUCUUGGUGCGUGGCAGAAGUCAAGCUUCAUGGCAUCGUGAGCUGGGCAUGGCAAUUAUCAAGGCCACCCAAAAUCACCAUCUUUUGGAAUAACACGGACUUAAUCUUGUGAGCUUACAUUAAAAAAAAACAAACUCCCAGCUUAAUCUUUUAAAUGCUGCUUUUCUUAGCUGCUUCUCUAAUCUUCUUCAUUCCAUUUUUUCCCCUUUAAUAGUCUGAACUUCUACAAUACAAUUUUUUAUUCACUCAAGCUUAACCUCAGCUCACUCAGCUGGUGUUAAGUUGUAAUCCUGGCACUUAAAUCCGUGACAGUUCCACAAGUGAGGACAGCGGGCGGGGAGAGGAGGCUUCCUCGUAGUCAUUAAAAGCAGGAGACCACCAUGGGUAAAAUAAAGGUGAAGUCAAUUAAACUGAUAAUUAGAAUUGACCAAAGUCAGUUCAUUGUCUGCUUCUCCCACGCAGUUGCUGUAUUGCUCAAGGAAUUGUAUGGUCUCAAGGAGGCUUCCUUUGGGGUUUUGGGGUCUGGUUUGGUCUGGAGCUAACCCCGAUGGAGCCCUUCCUGCUGCCUGGCUCCCCAGCAGGGGCUGCAGCAUCUUUGUGCUUUUGGGGAAAAGCCCAGCUCCAAAAACUGCAGCUUCCAUCAGCUCUCUGUGAUGGUGAUGGACAAACCCCAGUGACACCUCGGUGCCUGCUGCUGCUGCUGGGGUUGCCAGAGGCAGAUGGGGGGGCUCCAUCCAGCUUCUGCAGGGCUCUCCCCGUGCCCUGGGGCUUGAGAGGGCUUCCUGCUGCUAGGACGGCUUGGGAGGAGGCGAGGAAGCAUGGGGGGAGUUUGGAGGCAGCUGUUGGUUUGGUCAUGGAGCAGGUUUUUAGGGAAAUUGACCCCAACAGUAGAAGGAGCGUCUUGCCCAUCAGCCCCUGGCUGAAGCCUGGCCGGUUUGGCACCGCUGCAGCCGUUCUGCCCUGUCCCCAGGCCCAUGUCCCCAUGAGGCUGUCCCUGAGCACAGCUGGGGCAGUGCCCAGACGUGCUCAUCCCUCCAGCUGUGCGCCUGCAGGAGGAUGCCCCAAAGAGCCCUGGGGUGCAGAGGAGGGACGUUCCUCUUGCUUUUCCCUGCCUUUAGUGUGCCUGUGAGAUGGCAGAGCCGAAGGAAGAGCCUUUGCUGUGCCAGCUUCUCAAUUUUAGGAGAGCAAGGGGACGGAGGUGGCCCCAGCUGGUGGCAGCACCCAGCCCCAGGUGGGUUUUGCAGGCCUGGGAGUGGGUCACCCCUCUCCUUCCUCUGUGAUCUCUUUGUAUUUGGACCUUCCAAAAAUAAGCAGCAAGACCUGGCACAUAUUGCUUUGCCUCUAAAUUUCCCAUUCCCUCCCUGUUUUGCCUGGUGGGUGGGUGACAAAGACCCCCCCAUCUUUGCUCCAUGCAAACCUUGGCUCUGUUCCCAAGAAUUAUCCAACCUCUGCCAAGAGCCACCAGCACGGAGCCUGUACCAGGAGCAAACCCACCAACUAAAAACCAGAAAAAAAUCUUAUUUUUUUUUCCUACCACCCUUUUCAUGGUUAUAGCAGUUUCUGGGCUUGGAGCUUUCCAGGAGGCUCCGGCAGCUCCCAAAGUGACGUGGGGUUUCCACCACUGAAACAUUUGUCUGAUUAACCGGUGUCACGGCUGCGCUUGAGGGGGCGGGGAUGUGUGUGGCGUGCGUGUAUGUAUGUAUAUAUAUGUGUAUGUAAUUAAUAUAUAUGUAUAUAUGUAUAUACGUGUGUGUGCAAAGCAUGCACGCGUGCACAGCUUCAAUGCAAACUGCACCUCAUGGGGAGGAUGGGGUGCUGGGGGUUCAGGAUUUGUCCCUGCGCUCCUAGCUCCUUCCUUCACCCCAGCUACGAGAGCGAGGGCCAGAUCCUGCCCCCUCGGCUCUGCCAGGGCUGGGGGAAGGAGCGCUUUGCCGCCUGCCCCUUUCCCUGGCCGGAGCCGAAACGGAGCCCGAGGGGGCAGCGAAGCCCCAGGAAGGGCGGCGAGGCUGCGCGGCUCUGCUUCACCCCACGUACCUGUGCCUGCAGCUCCGCGGCCGCACCCACGCUCCGGCUCCAUAGAGACGUCUCUGUCUGGAGCACGCAUAGUUUUGGGCUUUGGUUUUUUAUAACUUUUUAUUAUUUUGCUAAAAAAUAAAAAAAAAACCUCACCCUAGGAGACGCCCGCGCAAUGCCCAGAUUUACCCCCCCCACACCUUGCAGACAGCUCCAUCGCUGCAUUUCCAAAGACCUCAAGGGUACCCGCGACCCUUCGUGCGUCAACCACCCCUGUUCUGGGUCCCCCUGGUCUAAGUCAUAAAUGUACAGCCGACAAUCAAACCUGACAGAAAUGCUGACUUUAGAAAAAAUACGUAUCCAUUGCAGUUUGAUAGAACUUUUUAAAAUCACAUGCUUAUCUCUCGCUAACGCUCACCACCAUGUUGCCAGGAUAAAUCACCGCCCAUCGGUUCUUCUGUAAAUAAACACAAGACAUUCUUGUAUAAAUUAAAAUGAAAAAAAAAGAAAAAAAAUUCAUUGAUAUAUGUCCAAAAAAUAUCCCUUUCCAGAAAAUUUAAAUAAUUCAAAGAAAAAGGAAAACCUAACAACAAGUGAGCCCCACUUUACUUUUUCUUUGGAGCUGGUUUAAAUUCCCAAUAGGAGAAUGAAAAAUCUUUAACAGUAGAAGAAAACUACGAGUGUUUUACCUUUCAAUGAAUAUGGGAGGGAAAAAAAUGCAUGUAAAUAUUUUUAAUAGGAAACAUAUCUUAAACGGAACUUCUUUUUGUAUGUACAUAACUCUUCUAGAGUUUAGUACUUAAAUUGCUUCAUAGUGUCUGUUUAAAAACAAAAAAUAAAAUAAAAUGUUUGUUAAUUGUUUUUGUUCUUACUCAAUGGCCAAAACUUUAAAAAUAAUAAAAAAGACUAUAAAAAAUAA